CCGGCAGCAUGGCCGUGCUGGGCGUUAGUGGGUGUGACGACCACAGAUGUGUCUCGGGACAGCGUGUGCUGUGGUGAGGCUGAGCCGUGCAGGCUUGUAGUGCGUGAGGGUGAUCGGGCCUUCUGGGUGGCGCAGGAGUGUGUGGCAGCGCGACCUGUAGCUCCAGCGUUACUGUUGCAGCCCCUGCCUUCACCCUCUAACCAAACGCUACCUGCCUGAGAACAAGGGCUGCAGAGAGAGGAGAGCACCUGAGCCCCGCCAGGAAAUUCACCAACAAAAAGGCAGAAACAGCCAUGAGGUGACGCUUUCAGAGCCAGACGUGCUCUCCAUGCAGGCCGCCUGAGUGACAGGAGAUGGUGGCUUUAGGAGUACUGCUUCUCCUGUAGAGGGACAAGUCCCUGGUGUGGGAGACGGGGAGAGAAGAGAGGCGGUUCCGCGCUUCAUCAUCUCUAACCUCAGCGUGCUCUUCAGGAGUCUCAGAAACCCCAUCUCGGGGCCUAGUAUUUCUCAUUGGUUUCAUUAGGUAUGCCAGGUGUUUUCUAAUGUUGCUUGUCCUCCCGAAAUUCUGUUUCCCCCAGGCCAGCAUCCUUCAGAAAAAGCAUCCCCGAGGAGGAAGACGAAUCUUUAAAAAUCUUACAGGUUCAGCUCUAGCCUGUUGGAAUCUGUGUCUUCUGCAGAGGCAACCCCAAGAAGACUGAUCAGUUGUUCAGUUCUAAAACAAUGGCCCAGGAUUUGGUGACGUUCGCUGACGUAGCCAUAGACUUUUCUCAGGAGGAGUGGGCCUGUCUGAAUUCUGCUCAGAGGGACCUGUACUGGGAUGUGAUGCUGGAAAACUACAGUAAUGUGGUCUCACUGGAUUUGGAGUCAGCCUAUGAGACUAAGAAUUUACCUACAGAAAAAAGCCUUCAUGAAAUACGCGUUUCCAAAAGGAAUUCAGAUAGAAGAAGUAAAUCCCUUGGCCAUAACUGGAUAUAUGAAGGUACGCCUGAAAGACCACAGCGCUCGAGAGGCAGGUAUGUCAAUCGAAUGGUCAUCAACUGUGUAAAAAGGCCCACUACCAGAGAAGGCACCCCUCCCAGAUCCCAUCAGAGACAUCAUAAGGAGAAUUCCUUUGAAUGUAAGGAUUGCGGGAAGGCCUUUAGUCGUGGCUAUCAACUUAGUCAACAUCAGAAAAUCCAUACUGGUGAGAAACCUUACGAAUGUAAAGAAUGUAAGAAGGCCUUCCGGUGGGGCAAUCAGCUUACUCAGCAUCAGAAAAUCCAUACCGGGGAGAAGCCGUAUGAAUGUAAAGACUGUGGGAAGGCUUUUCGAUGGGGCUCAAGCCUCGUUAUUCAUAAAAGAAUCCAUACUGGGGAGAAACCCUACGAAUGCAAAGACUGUGGCAAGGCCUUCCGGCGAGGUGACGAGCUCACCCAGCACCAGAGGUUCCACACUGGGGAGAAAGACUACGAGUGCAAAGACUGUGGGAAGACUUUUAGCCGCGUAUACAAACUCAUUCAGCACAAGAGAAUUCACAGUGGGGAGAAGCCUUACGAAUGUAAAGACUGUGGGAAGGCCUUUAUUUGUGGCUCAAGCCUCAUUCAGCAUAAAAGAAUUCACACAGGUGAGAAACCCUAUGAAUGUCAAGAAUGUGGGAAGGCCUUCACUCGAGUAAAUUACCUUACUCAGCAUCAGAAGAUCCAUACUGGGGAGAAGCCCCACGAGUGUAAGGAAUGCGGGAAGGCCUUUCGCUGGGGUUCCAGCCUUGUGAAGCACGAGAGGAUACACACGGGGGAGAAGCCGUACAAAUGCACAGAAUGUGGGAAGGCUUUCAAUUGUGGCUAUCAUCUCACUCAGCAUGAGAGAAUCCACACGGGCGAAACCCCGUAUAAAUGUAAGGAGUGUGGGAAGGCUUUCAUUUACGGCUCGAGCCUUGUGAAACACGAGCGAAUUCAUACCGGGGUGAAGCCCUACGGGUGUACAGAAUGUGGGAAGAGCUUUAGUCAUGGCCAUCAGCUUACACAGCACCUGAAAACACACAGUGGGCCGAAAUCCUAUGAAUGUAAGGAAUGUGGGAAGGCAUGUCACCAGCUAAACCUCCUCCAAGAACAUCAGAGGAUCCACAACAGUUGAAGCGCCCUCUGAACACAGCCGCCCGCUGUUAUCCGUGGUUUCACUCUCCACGUUUUUUUUUACCUGCAGUCAACUGCAGUUCAAAAAUAUUAAAUGGAAAAUUCCAGAAAUAAAUUGUAAGGCUCAAAUGGUGUGCCCUUCUGAGUAGCGUGAUGACAUCUCUUGCUGUCCUGCUGCAGCCAGCCAGGGAUGCGACUCGCCCCUUGGUCCGCCACAUCCGCGCUGUAUAUGCUGCCACCCUGCUAGUCACCUAGUAGCCGCCUUGGUGAUCAGAUCGACUAUCAUGGCAUCACAGUGCUUGUGCUCAAGUAAUCUUUACUUCACUUAACAGUGGCCCCAAAGCGCAAGAGUAGUGAUGCUGGUAAUUUGGAUAUGCCAAAGAGAAGCCACAAAGUGCUUCCUUUUAAGUGAAAAGGUGAAAGUUCUCAAUAAGGAAAAGGGAAAAAAGUGUAUACUGAGGUUGCUAAGAGCUACAUGACAAUAAGAUAUUUUGGGAGAGAGAGAUACGUUCACAUAAUUUUAUUACAGCAUAUUGUUACAAUUGUUCUAUUUUAUUAGUUAUUGUUGGUAAUCUCUUACUGUGCCUAAUUUAUAAAUUAAACUUUAGAUAUGUUUGUACAGGGAAAAAAUGUAGUAUAUAAUAUUGUAUAUAUGUACAGGAAAAAAACACAGUCAGUACUAUCUAUGGUUUCAGGUAUCCACCGGGUGUCUUGGAACGUAUCCCCCUCAGGUGAGAGGGGGCUUCUGUACAAAGAAUGUAUGAAGGCCUCUAGACUACAUUCAUGCCUUCCUCAACAUGAGAAAAACUCAUGAUACUGUUGAACAUAGGAAAGCCUUCACUGAUCUUUUUUUUUUUUUGGACACAGAGUCUCAUUCUUGCCCAGACUGGAGUGCAGUGGUACGAUCUUGGCUCACUGCAACCUCUGCCUCCCAGGUUCAAGCAGUUCUCCUGUUUCAGCCUCUCCAGUAGCUGGGAUUACAGGCACCACCAUGCCUGGCAAAUUUUUUUAUUUUUGGUACAGACAGGUUUCACCAUGUUGCCCAGGCUGGUCUCAAACUCCUGACCUCAGGUGAUCCACCUGCCUCGGCUUCCCAAAGUGCUGGGAUUACAGGCAUGAGCAACCAUGCCCAGCCCACUGAUCACUCUUCUGCUUACAGAAUAUCAAGUUAUUCUAGAGGCAAAUUCGAAGAGUGGAAAAAUCACUUUUUCUUAAUUCUUAAUGAUUGUGUUUUUGGUGUAAACGUUUUUAUUGUGUAGGUUAGUUUAAUGAAUACAUAAAGACUACCCAUACCAUCCUGUGUUUAUUCCGUGGCAUCUGUGGAAUAACCCUGCUAAUGUAACACGUGAGAAAGCCUUUAGUCAUGGCACCCGCUCUACCAGUUGUCCCCGCCAUCCCCCACCCUAUUCCCUGUGAGACAUGGGCUAAAGGCUCACUACCCCUGUGCAAUGUUUGCCACGUGGACACCAUGUGCAUUAUUUGUACAUAAGGAUAAUCACAUCUACCCGAGACUGCUGUUGUGGAAACUGGAAAUUAAAUGUUUGGUACAUGUAAAGUCUUUGAAAGUGUAACUGGAAUAUUGUGUAAGUUCAAUAAAUAACUAUUGUUGUUUUUAUGAUCAUUACUACCAUUAGUAUUGCCAUUAGUGAAUUUUUACAAGAAAACGCCCUGUGGCUGCUGUGAGUCUGGAAAAGACUGUUGAUCUUCUAGAAGAAACCAUUAAGAGAUUAUUGUCACAACCGUGAGUUACGCAAUGAUUUCUUAGUAGGCAAAACACAGCAGACUUAAAAAGUUGUUAGACUUCAUCAGCAAAAGUACAAAAUUCUGUUCAUCAAAUGAUGUGGUUAAGAUAGAAAAAAGACAAGAAACAGGACUGGAAGAAGAUGUUUGCUCUACUACACCUGACAAAGGAACUCACGUGGAAAAUAUAAAGAAUCCCUCAUGUUUAAAAAACAAAUCAAUUUAAAGGGGAGAAAACUUACAUCACAAGAGAAGAUCUGCAAAUGGCCAAUCAACAAGUGAAAAUGUAUUCAAUGUCAUUGCUCCUCCAGGAAAUGUAGAGUACAACCACAACGUGCUGACCCUCUAGGCAGAGACCAGAAUGAUUCAAUUAAAGUCACAGUAACAAAGUAAAUUUCAGAUGUCUCACCACAGGGAAAACGGAGAAGGAAGCAAGGUGAUGGACGCGUUAAUCAGCCUGAUUUAAUCAUUCCGCACUGUGUACAUGCAUUGGAACAUGACGUUCCACUCAAUCAGUGUAAUCCAAUUAUUUGUCAAUCAAAAAUAUUAAUAAAUAAAAUCAAAGA